UUAGGACCUUUCCUUACUCAAGCACAUCUACCCAAGCCUCUGUUUCACGCGGCCGACUUCUUUACCAUACAUUUUUGUGUUAAUUUACAAGUGUUACCGUUAUCUAAACAAACAGUUAAUAAAAUAUUAAUGCCUUACUCGGGUUCCAAUCCACAUCCACAGUUUGGUACAUGUGCCACGAAGAUGGCG